AUGGCUAUCAUGGGCGCAGAAACGACCAAGCAGGGCGGUGAGUGGUGCCCCAAAAGUGAUGAAAAAGUCAGCCUGAAAUGCAAGUCAUUGAUGCAGAAAAUUCACUCCGCUCUCAAAUCGCAUUUAACUCUCAACACGCAAACCCAGUUCUUUUCGCCCUACUCUCACUUCGAUAUCAGAAGCCGGAAGCGGAUAGUCCAACAGUCGCGAUGUGUUGCCUUCGAGUUUCCGACUGCUUUCGCGGUAUCAUGCUCUCUUCUAUCGUCUUCAGAAGCCCUCGCCACCUUCGAUUUCCGUCGUAUUCGUCGUAUUUUUCUAGAAUCGCCAAUGGAAAACUCAAUCGACCAGCAUCAGCAUGAAGCUAUGACAGAAAGCCCCCCGCCAGGAUAUUCUGUUGCCGCCGAUAUAGGUGACAAAGAAGGUGAAGGAGGCAGGCUAUUCGCUUGUACUGAGAUUGGAUGUGAUGGCUUCACAUUCGAUACAGUUGACGAAUGUCAAAUUCAUGUCAAGGAUUGGCAUAAUCCUCCAUACUCCUGCUCAGAGUGCGAAGCGAAUUUCGCCGCAAUGCCGGCGCUUAGGCGACAUUUCAAAGCCAGCGGCCAUUACAAUUGGAUCUGUCAAGAGGAACAAUGCGAAAUGAAAGGUAUCUUGUUCGCCAAUCGAUCCGAGUUCGUGGCUCAUGCCUUGCGCAUCAGCGGCCACGAGCGCUUACUUCCAGCAGAGGACCUCAAGAGCCCCUUGUUCCCAAGCCGAAUCAACUACGCCGAAAUCAUACACAUUCCCUGCGAUGACACUACCUCUGAGCCUUCAGACGAAGAAGCGUUUCAGUGUCUCGAGCCGUCAUGCCGUAGAUACCAGCAUCUUUUCCACUCCGAGAGCGAAUUCGGCAGACACCAAGAGUCGCACGCACACGUCAGCGCCAUCAAACAUUCCGAAGGUCUUUGUCAAUCCGGAAAGUCUGUGGGGGAUGUUACGACAGAACAAGAGGCAGCCAGAGAGUUUCGGUGUACCGCCAAAGGCUGUCCGUUCUUCGGGGAGAAGCUAAAGACGAGCCAAAGUUUUUACCGGCACAUCAACACGACAAAGCACGCGUAUCCGUUGCUCAAUUCGGCGUCUAAUCCAACGUCACCGACGGCGGAAAUCCGACAGCGGUUUGAUCGGCUUAAUCUUGCAUGCGACGAACCUGAGUGUCCCAGAUAUGAGCACCAUUUCGCAAACUAUAUGAACUUUACGAGGCACAUUCAAUCAGUUCCGCAUCUAAAAGCCGUUUCAUACGGCCAAACCAAGAGAAGUGCACUUCCCUCUGAUCAUAUACAAGGAGCGACCCAGAUGUCGGAAGAAUCACAAUCGGCGGCCACGGUGGCCAUCCCUUCGACGCCAGUGAGAUGGAGUUCCUAUUCGUUUGCGCCGAUAACUCCUGAUACGGAUUCGACUACACACAUUGCCGAGUUCCGGGAUAUGACUACUUCUACUAAACGCUCGAUUCGAAACAUUUCUCCAUUGACGCCACCGCCGCCAUCCUCCUCAUUGCCCUCAUGGAGAGAGGAAAGCCUAGUGAAGAAGAACGAAGAGCUAGAAAUUGAAGUGCGGCAGCUGAAGGACAAGAUGGAACGAUUGAGAUCCGCAUACAAGGAGCAGAUAAGCUCGCUGUUCCAGGCUUUAGGAGCAGAGCAAGCUCGAAAAACGCCCUGA